CUGAUCUGAAACUCAAAGCAGUAUUGUCAGUCCUUAGGCUAGGUUCACAUAUGUGCGGGUGGUGCGGCUGCAGAUGCACACGAAAAUCCAUGCACGCGCGCAGAGGAAUGCGGACCCGCGGGAGGGUGCCAUUAGUUCUAAUGGCAUGCCGCCCGCACUGGAAAACGCAACCGUACUGGGAACCGAGGUUCCUGCGUGGGCUGCAUUUUCAGAAGCAGUGCAGGGACUUCUUCCUUGCGUGUCACGGGGCACAGGAGUCCAUUCAAAUGAAUGGGCUCUCGAGCAGGGGCGGACUGACCAUUUGGAAACUC